CCAACUUUUAGGUGAAAGCUGUGCAUGGGCACAAGAGCUAGCUAACAAUCAGAUGAAGGCUCAGACAAGACACAGAGACUCUUGAAGCUACAAGCACGCCUACAGCAGGUCAGAGCAACUCAGAUGGAGACCUUCUGAGCCUGAGAUCACACAGGCACGCCUGCAGGAGCUCGACAGGACAACACAGAGACCAGACACUACGACAUCUCAGAUGGAGGCACCUUUUUACAACAUUAACAGGUGAAACAUGCAUUGGGCAUCAGAUCGGAUCUUUUGAGCAAGGAAUGUCAAUCGAUGAGGUCCUUGAAGGACUCCGAGAGAGAUUCUGUGGCUGCAUUCAUAUCCGUGGAAGUGUUCUAAUCAGUAUGAGAAACUUUAACGCCAUGAGACAACUCAACAGCGAUGACUUCAAUAUGUUCUACCGUUUGGAGCAAGUUUCUGGAGCUGUUCAAUUUCUUGGUAUCCCAGAUACCAGUGACAUUAUUCUGCCUAACUUGCGUAUCAUACGUGCUGAAGAGUUAGUUGUUGGUCAAUUCUCCCUCUUGGUGCAAGAUUCCAUUAUAGGGAGACUUAUUCUACCAAAGUUAACCCAGAUCACAAAAGGAAACGUCAUUUUUCAAAAUACAGGCAGUCUGUGCAACUACCUCACCGUUCGUUGGAGUGAUAUUAUCGAUGGUGGUGGUACCUUGAUGGACGGCACGGGAACGUGCAGUUCUAUGGCGGCCAUCGAUCCAGCGUUAUUGCCUGAUUGCGGAGGAUGUGGCUCUGGUCAUUGCUGGUCUGAAGAGUACUGUCAAACAUUGACAAAAGACUGCAAUGGUUGUAGUGAGGACCGGUGCUACACUGUGGACGAGAGUGCCUCCACUAAACAAUGCUGCAACUCUCACUGUGCUGCCGGCUGUGACGGACCCACCGCCACUCACUGCUUUGCCUGCAAGAACUUUGACAACAAUGGGACGUGUGUGACCCAGUGCCCUCCUGAAGUGAUAUAUGACAGGAAUCUGUUCCGAGUUGUGCCUAAUCCAGACUAUCGGUUGUCUCUGGGAAACCUCUGCGUGGAAGAAUGCCCGUUUGGUUUCCUGGAUGAUCGAGGCAGCUGUGUGAGAGAGUGUCUUGUUGGGUACAUAGCUUCUGAGGACGGGAGAUCAUGUGAGGAGUGCAAUGGGCCGUGUCCAAGAGAGUGUGCUGGACUGAGCAAUGUGGAUACUGAUAGCAUUAAUGCAGAUAAUUUAGAGAGGUUCAGGGGAUGUACUAUCAUCACGUCAGGUGCUAUUAUCAUUGGACAAGAAUUAAACUUUGACUACUCUCAAUUUGAAGUGCUCUCUACAAUUCAAGAGAUCCGUGGCCCGGUGAGAAUCCAGGGACUACCCGUGACAUCAUUCCCCUACCUACGUAAUCUGAAGAGAAUAGAUACAACCAACUCCACCGUUAAAGUGGAGUUGGGAUGUGGACCAGACACAUUGGAUCCGUAUGCCUUGGACCUAACCAACAAUCAGUUUCAGUCGAUCGACCUUAGUUCCCUCGAAGAGAUUCGUGGUGAUGGACUACGCUAUGCCGUCAAUCAACAACUUUGCUACGUGGGAGACCUGCUUAGCUAUCUAGCGGAUCCCAUCAACCAAACGCAAUGUAUUACAAGGGAGAGAAGACCACCUAAUGAGUGCAGUGAUGCCGGUUUGGUGUGCCAUGUUCAGUGUAGCUCCACCUUCAACUGCUGGGGACCAAUGGACCACCAGUGCGACUCUUGUGCCAACUACCAGUACAAGAACAGAUGUGUGAGUGACUGCUCUGCGGUGAUCGCUACUCUCCCGGAAAAUAGCUCCGGACUGUUUCAGAAUGAGGCAAACAAUCGGUGUGAGCCAUGUGACGAUGAGUGUCUGGGCGGGUGCAGCGGAGGAACGGGACCUGAGUUUUGCAAUGCCUGUCAAAAUUUAUUUAUUCGAACCAACGAAACAGCUGAUCAAAACGUGAUCUGUCUCUUGUCUUGUCCCGUCAGUACACACCUUAGGAGUGGAACAUUGGAAUGUGUCCCUUGUCAUGAGGGAUGUGAUCCUUUCGUUGGUUGUAUUGGUCCACUUCCAUACCUGGAUCUGGAAAAUGGGUGUCUGGACUGUGACCGUGUUAUUCUGAAUCGGAAUGGGACGCAAAACAUGUGUGUGCCUAGAUUCUGUCCUGAUGGUACAUACAGCUCCACCCUGCAACCUGGCGUCCAAUCAGAACUCUCGAUUAUCGGUAACCUACAAAUCGGCUCUGAUAUCUGUCUACCCUGCAAUGAACUGUGUGAGGUGUGUGUUAGAGAGGGGACCGAUGUGCUGUCUUGUCCACAGUGUGAAUAUGCAAGGUCUGGAGACGAGUGUGUGAGGGAGUGCAACUCUGUCACUGAGUAUCUACAGUCUGAAAGUCUUUUCUGUGUCCCCUGUGGCAGCGUAUGUAACGACUGUACUGGUCCCACUGUGGACAACUGCAUUGUUGAAUGUACAUCUGAUCAGAAUGUCAGUGCUACCUGUGUCCCAGUUACAGUUAGCGAAUCUACGAGUACAGCUAUCGAAUCUACGGGUACAACUCUCAUCCCACCAAGUACAGCUAGCAUAGCAACAGAAAUUAUAACAUCCUUUGUGGCUGUCAUAUUGGUCUUCUUGAUUACAAUGGUUGUCUUCAUUGCUGUUAUUGUGAGACUCCGUAGGAAACGUUCUGGCUCCAAAAACACCCUAACCUCAGAGACCCCAAACCCCUCCAAUGAUUCAGUUGUAGGUAAACAUUUGCUGCCACUCGUCCGCUAUAGUGAGAUACCGCAGGAUCUCUUACUUUCUGAAACUGAAAAGCAGUCGUACGUAAACAUAUUUUCUUCGAAAGUAUUUCCGUAUGCUUCACUAACGAUUGAAGAAGAGAUUGGAAAAGGUGCCUUUGGAAGGGUGUAUCUUGGUAACGUAAUUAAUCCAGAGGAUAACAUAUUGACUGGAAGUUUCAAUCAGAAAAUUGCCAUCAAGACAAUAAAAAACCUUAGUUCAAAAGAUGAAUUGAAUGCUUUCCUUGAGGAGAGUUUGCUAAUGAAGGACUUUCAACAUCCAAACAUACUUGGAUUCUUCGGAGUUUGUUUUGACACGCCUGAUGGGGCACCGUACAUCCUGCUUCCAUAUAUGGCCAAUGGAAACUUGAAAGAUUACCUGAAGAAAAAAAGAACUCAUGUCACCAAUGUGGACACUUUACAAGAUGACUUGCGAGCAUCAACUUUGCUACGGAUGUGCAUGGAUGUAGCCAAUGGAAUGGAGUAUUUAUCCAAGAGAAAGUUUGUACACAGAGACCUGGCAGCAAGGAACUGCAUGGUGGACACAGAGCUUGUGGUGAAGGUUGGUGACUUUGGCCUAGCCAGGGACAUCUAUAGUAGUGACUACUACAGAGCCAACCAGGAAGCCAGGAUCCCAGUCAAGUGGAUGGCCCCAGAGACACUCAACGAUGCCAUUAGCAAUGAGAAAACUGAUGUGUGGUCGUAUGGAGUAACUUGUUGGGAGGUGUUCUCUCUAGGUCGAGUCCCCUAUCCUGGAAUAGAUAAUCAAAACGUCCUCAAACACAUCACAACAGGCGACCAGAGAUUAGGGAAACCUUCUCUCUGUCCACUCAAGUUGUAUGGUGUGAUUAUGGCUCAAUGCUGGCAGCUACUGCCUGAGGAUCGCCCCAAUUUCAGCCAGCUAGUUGAGGAGCUGCGGGACUACUGGGAAGAGGAGCAUGCUUACGUCAUGGAGUUUCUAACUAAUUCUGAGGAGGUUAUUCAGCAAGCAUCUGCAAUUGACAUUAACCUACAGUCUAACGAGGCUUAUGAUCAAGUGUGUUCUGUGACUGAGCCAGUUGAACUUCAAAGUGAAAUGGAAUUGAAGACUAACCAAGCUUAUGGAAGUGUUGUUACUUCUACGGCUUGUGCCACCUUAUCACCCACUGAUAUUGAAUUGCAGCCCAACAAUGCUUAUGGAUCUGUGAGUACACUGCCAUCGUACAACGAGGUUCAUGCAGUAUGAUUAUGUUCGAGUCAGAGUGAACAGUGACUGUUGAAGCUAUGUAGAUGUAUACAUACUCUAUUUACUUAACUUUUAUGGGUUUACGCAAAAUUCCACAAGCACCCUAGCUACAGACUCUAUAAUAAUUAUACAAGACCCACAAAAACAUUUGCCAUGUGAAAAA